CAGGUAAACAAAAAAAGAAACGCUCCGUAUGUACGAAGCCACGUAAAGCAUUCGCGCUGCAUUCGGGAAAGCAAAAGCUCGUGUAAACAUGGAUUUGGUGACUUGGGUUCUUAUAGCGAUCACCCUGUGGUCGGUCUGGUUCCUUAGAACACGAUCCAGUCCGAAGGCUACUAACCUACCCCCGGGUCCUGCAGGGUUACCAGUCAUCGGCUAUGCCUGGGCCGUUUUUCACACAUUUCACAUCUUGUUCACCGAUCUAGCUAAGAAAUGGGGCGAUGUAUUCCACAUCAACAUCUUCGGACAGGACAUCAUCGUCUUAAACAGUGUAGAUGUGAUGAGGGAAGCCUACGCUUCUCAGGCCGUUUCCGAGGUGUUCUCCGGUAGACCUCCGCCGCCGAUUACGGGUUUUGGUUCUGACCUCAACGUCAGCACGACGUUCUUGCCGCCGUCUCCACUGUGGGUGAAGCAGAGGAAACUUCUGUACAAAAUCUUGAGUAUGUAUGGGGACGGUGUCCAGUCCAUGGAGAACACGGUACAUGACGAGCUCCAACACGUGGUAGACUGGCUGAAGAGUCGAGGAGGAAAACCUGUCAAUAUGGACGAAGUUUUCCACCCUUCGCUGAUCAAUAUUUUGACCAUUCUGUUGACAGGAAAACGACACGAAUAUGGCGCCCCGAUAUUGACUAACGUGCAGGUCAUGGACGACUCAGUGGCUGUGGGAGCUUCCGCACGCUAUGCUGUGUUCUUCACUAUAUUUCCAUUCUUAAGGUACAUUCCGUAUGGACCAGGGCGUGUUGCCAUAGCAGCACGGAAGUCCACAGAACAGUUCUUUAAGGAUUACUAUUACGCCUCAAAGGCUACAUAUGACCCGACGGUGACCAGAGGAAUGAUAGACUAUUUACUCCACAUCCAGGAAGAGCUCCAAGAGGCGGGGGACGAGGUGUGGCUGAAAGACACGUCCAUUAGAGCUACUAUCCAGGAAGUUAUCGGGGCAGGUUCUAUAACAACUCUCGGGUCUCUAAAUUCGUUUUUCCUCAUCAUCGCUAAUCACCCGGAUGUGGCCAAGAAGAUUCAGGAGGAGAUAGAUGCCGUGAUUGGCCAGGACAGACUCUCUAGCCUGAAGGACCGAGCGAAAAUGCCCUACACCAUGGCCGCCAUCUUUGAGUUGCUAAGGUACAUUUCGCACGUGCCUCUUGGCUUGCCACACUUGACGACGGAUGACGUCAUGUUCAGAGACUACCUAAUUCCAGCAAAUACCACGGUUAUGGCUAACAUGUGGCUCAUUCACCAUGAUGAGAAAACCUGGAGCGCCCCCUGGGAGUUCAAACCUGAACGAUUUCUGGAUCAGGAGGGACAACUUGUCACUGCCGAAAACCCUAAGAGAAAAGCCCUCAUGCCGUUCGGGAUAGGACGCCGUUCCUGUGUCGGUGAGACGUUCGCGAGAUCCCGGAUCUUCCUCUAUAUCACGACCUUGUUACAGUCGUUCCACUUCAGCCCUGACCCCAACUCUCCCUUGCCUUCCUGUGACCCCCGGGACUUCAAACCGGGCCUUGUCAUCAAGCCCUUGCCCUACAGACUAAAGGUCGCCCAGAGGGAUUGAGCACAACUGCUGUCAAUUAGCCAUCUGCUUUUUUAGCUGAUGGCGGUAAAUUUUGUAGACUUUAUUACUAUAAAUGCGAACAACCCCAAGGUUUUAAGGACAUUACUUUGUACAUAUGUUAUCGCCAACACGGGGCUUUCAAGUGCAUUGUUUAGUACAUAGAACACCAGCAACCAAGUUUUCAAGCGCAUUGUUUGGUACAUAUAAAACCCGCAACGAAGAUUUCAAGCGCCUUGCUUGGUCAUGUAACACCAACAACCAAGUUUUCAAACGCAUUGUUUGGUACAUAUAACACCAACAACCAAGAUUUCAAACGCAUUGUUUGGUACAUAUAAUACCAGCAACUAAGAUUUCAAGCGCCUUGUUUGGUCAUGUAACACCAACAACCAAGCUUUCAAACGCAUUGUUUGGUGAUGUAACAACAACACCCAAGCUUUCAAGCGCAUUGUUUGGUACAUAUAAAACCCGCGUCGAAGAUUUCAAGCGCCUUGUUUGGUCAUGCAACACCAACAACCAAGCUUUCAAACGCGUUGUUUGGUACUUUUAAUACCCGCAACCAAGCUUGCAAACGCAUUGUUUCGUACAUAUAACUUCAGCAACUAAGAUUUCAACCGCCUUGUUUGGUACAUAUAAUACCAGCAACCAAGCUUUCAAGCGCCUUGUUUGGUCAUGCAACACCAACAACCAAGCUUUCAAACGCGUUGUUUGGUACUUUUAAUACCCGCAACCAAGCUUGCAAACGCAUUGUUUGGUACAUAUAACUUCAGCAACUAAGAUUUCAACCGCCUUGUUUGGUACAUAUAAUACCAGCAACCAAGCUUUCAAGCGCCUUGUUUGGUCAUGCAACACCAACAACCAAGCUUUCAAACGCGUUGUUUGGUACUUUUAAUACCCGCAACCAAGCUUUCAAAUGCAUUGUUUGGUACAUAUAACUUCAACAACUAAGAUUUCAAGCGCUUUGUUUGGUCAUGUAACACCAACAACCAAGCUUUCAAGCACAUUGUUUGGUAUAUAUAAUACCAGCAAGCAAGUUUUCUAACGCAUUGUUUGGCACAUGUAACCUUAACAACUAAGAUUUCUAGCGCCUUGUUUGAUUAUAUAACACCAACAGCCAAGUUUUCAAGCUCAUUGUUUGUUGCAUAAAUCAUUGACAACCCCAAGCUUUCAAAGCACUGAUUGCUAUGCCAAUAUAUCAGCAUAAAAUACAGCAAAUCAAAGUUUUAUUUGUUAUAUCGGGAGAACAGAUUUGUUGAUAUUGUUUUCUAUGCGUAUAUUCUUGUUUGUUGUUACCAUCUGGUAUGAUCUAUCUUAAAAACAACAACGUCUAUGGACGAUAACUGGUUGUCGGCCUGUUCACGUGCGCUAUCAACGCUCUUUAAUCUUGUUCUGGCUGAUUCGGCAGAAGCCUUUUGUCAGGGAAUGUAUGAAGUAACUGUUUAGGUGCGGAGGUUUCCAUUCACCUGGUUGGCCCAGUCGCCUUUAUAAACCUUACCACCGUGGUCAUGAAAACAGUUCAUAUGUUUGGAAAGCAUCCUUGAUACCACACAGUUUCGUUUAACUGCUGAAUUUUGCAAAGCCUACUGUCGCAGAUCCUCUCAGAUGUACAAUACGUUUAUUUGGGAGUCCCUUCAUGUAUCUAACUGGAUGCAGUGUUUUCGUGUCACUUCGUUUGGUUUCAACAACCCACACACCUGCCGUAUACUCUGUAAGUCAGCAAGCUGUCAGUAUGACUUAAAACACCAAAUACAAAACACCAAGGAAAACAAGUUAUCACGAAUUUAUUCUGUAAAAUAAAAAAGCAAAAUACUUACACUUUGCAUUUUCACAGCACUUGAGGCACAGAGUGUAAAUAUUAAUGAUGUUCCGAUCACACUAACUUUCUGUAUCCUUUGCAUUAUGGUUAUGCAUUGCGACUCGAAUUGAAAAUUUUUAACUUUUCACCGUUUUAAUGGGAUCAAACAUAAACCUUGGUUCUACGCUGUAAACUGCAACAAACACGCAAACUGUGAUGUAUAACUACACUAAUGCAUUCACUAUUUAGCAUGUGCGUCAGUAACUCAACAUCUGACUUGAAAAACCGAAUAAAAACUGCUCCUAAACCUUGGUUUUAAGCUGAAAGCAACAACAAGAAUGCCAAUUGUGAUGUAACUAUACAAAUGCAUUCAUGCGCAUCAGUAGCUC